AUGAGCAAGGCAGAGGUCGCGGCAUCGACGUCCGCGUUCCCUCCGGAGCUGCGGCGACCCGUCACAGCACCGGGCACCGCACGCCGCGUGGCUGCGAUGGACGGCGCCGGUCUCGUCGCCAGCAGCAGCGCCCUGCGCAGACCGGAGUUCCAGGCGGAGUCGCGGUUGUUUCAGCGCAUCGUGUACAAGAACCGCAACCAGCACCGGCGCGGGCACUACUGGCGGCACCUGACGGCGGUGCACGCCCGCCUGCGCACCCUGGCCUCCCUACAGCUCCCGGACCUGCUCCUCGGCCUGCACGCGAUGAGCGGACCGGGCAGAGACAAGGCCGAGGGCCUCGGGAACCGUCCUGGCCAGCCGCGCAGCUUCCCCAGCGCGCAGGCGGGCGUGUUCGCGUGCAGACGCCUCCUGGCGGGCCUCGACGCGGGCGUCGAUGCAGUGGGCGCGAUCGACGUGUCGUCGGCGUCCCUCAUGGCGCUCCUGGGUCAGUCGUUCUUCAUGCCCUUUGCGCUGACUGCCACGGCCGCACUGGCGCGCCUGCGGGCGCUCCUGGCCCAGCUCCUGGUCGACAUCCAGCGCGCGUACAACGCCGUCGCCGAGCUGCUCCCGCACCUCCCCCGGGCGCCCGCGAGAGCGCAACCCGCGCCUGCGGCGCACGCGUCGUUCAAGGUCGCCGCCGAGGCGGUCCUGGCCGCGUGCAGCGGCCCUGCGGACGCACCGCACCCCGCGUUCGUCCCGCGCGGAGGCGCCCACCAGAGCGCAGCGCUGCCGGCGGUGGUCACCCUCGAGUGGGACGCCGCGCGCGUCGCGGCGGUGCGCAGGGUGGGCGAGGUGCGGGUCGAGGGGGUCGACGGCCCGCGCGGACGCGGCGGCGCGGGGCCACCAGCUGCAGCGGGCGGCGAGUGCGCGGUGUUCGAGGACGUGGGCGCCGGGGAGGACGUGGGCGUCGCGGUGAGCAGGCACGCGGUGCUGGAGGUGCUGGAGGACGAGGGGGGCGGCGGGGGGGGCGCGCAGGGGGCGGCAGCGGAGGCGGCGCCGCGGUACAAGCUUGGGAAGCAGGGCGCGCUGGGGCUGUUGCAGGGCGCGUCGUCGUCAGGGAGUGAGGGGCCGGAGGGGGGGAGGAGUGCCGGGGAGAGCGGCGGAGCGGUGGGGCUCGGGGACCGUGGGGCGGAGCUGUGGAGGCGCGCGAACUCGAUUGCUGCGACGCGGCCCGCGGACCGUCCGCGCGAGGCGGCCUUCGUGUCGGUCGGCGGCGAGCGGGGCGCGCGCGCUGGCGACGGGAAGCACAGCACGACGUCGGCCGCCGGGCCGAUGGCACAGAAACAGGAGGGUGGUGGCGCGGCGGGCCGGGAGGCGGAAGCGCGCGCGGGCGUGCCAGGCGAUGUGCGGGGGUCGCAGAGACGCGCGGAGAGGAGGCCCGCGGGGGGGUCUCUUGGCAAGAAGAAGAAGAGAAGAGACAAGGAAGAGAGAGAGCAGAAGAAGAGGAAGAAGGACGGGGGCGACGACGUGUUCGCGAUGCUGACGGGCGGACUCGGGUUCAGUUAG